AUGGGCGCAGUUCAAAGAGACGUUUAUAAUCCUCUUCUUUUCGAAAUUGCUUGGGAGGUUGCUAAUAAAGUGGGUGGUAUCUACACGGUCAUCAAGACCAAAGUCCCAGUGACGAUACGAGAAUUUGGUGAUCGCUAUACCCUAAUUGGUCCACUCAAUUAUAAAUCAGCUCCCAUGGAAGUCGAAGCAUGUGAACCAUCAAACCCCCAUGUAAAGGCAUGUCUGGAUGAAAUGAGUGAGCAUGGUGUCAAGUACCUAUAUGGACGUUGGUUAAUCGAAGGCUCACCCUAUGUUCUCUUGUUUGAUACCAACAGCGUCUUUCAUAAACUGGAUGAAUGGAAAGGCGAUCUCUGGCGUUCUGCUGGUAUCCCUUCUCCUCCUGCAGAUACUGAAACAAACGAUGCGAUCCUCUUUGGCUAUCUCAUCACUUGGUUCUUGGGGUUGCUCACUCCAAAGUACAAUCAAUCUGGGGACCCCGCAAUCAUCUGCCAUUUCCAUGAGUGGUUGGCCGGUGUCGCUUUACCUUUGAUCAAGAAGCGUCAUCUUGACGUUUGUACCAUUUUCACAACACAUGCUACUCUCUUGGGUCGUUAUCUUUGUGCUGGUGAUGUCGAUUUCUAUAACAAUUUAGCCAAUUUUGACGUGGAUGCUGAGGCAGGUAAGCGUGGUAUCUAUCACCGCUACUGUAUCGAACGAGGUGCUGCCCACUGCGCUGAUGUCUUUACGACUGUCUCUCAUAUCACUGCUUAUGAAUCUGAGCAUCUUUUGAAGAGAAAACCAGAUGGUGUCUUGCCCAAUGGUCUAAACGUUGUCAAAUUUUCCGCAAUGCAUGAAUUCCAGAACCUACACGCGUUGAACAAGGAAAAGAUUCAUGAUUUUAUUCGAGGACAUUUCUAUGGACACUAUGACUUUGAUUUAGACAAUACAAUUUACAUUUUCACCGCUGGUCGAUAUGAAUACCGUAAUAAGGGUGUAGAUAUGUUUGUAGAGGCUCUUGGACGCUUGAACGCACGUCUCAAGUCAUCUGGAUCAAAGAUGACCGUGGUAGCCUUCAUCAUUAUGCCAACAACAACGCAUUCCUUUAAUGUGGAAGCACUCAAGGGACAGGCUGUCACCCGUCAGCUUCGAACGACAGUCAGCGAAAUCCAAGACCGCAUCGGUAAAGUGAUUUAUGAACAUGCGCUCCGACUUGAGGAUAUCGAUCCCGCCAAGUUCUUAUCUGACGCAGAUAAGGUCCUUCUCAAACGUCGUGUGUUUGCUCUCAAGCGUACUUCAUUGCCACCCAUCGUGACACACAACAUUGUCGACGACCACAAAGACCCUGUUCUGAGCCAACUCCGCCGUCUCCAGCUGUUCAACAACUGGGACGAUCGUGUCAAGGUCGUGUUCCAUCCUGAAUUCUUGAACGCAAAUAACCCUCUCUUUGGUAUGGACUAUGAAGAAUUUGUACGUGGAUGUCAUCUCGGUGUGUUCCCAUCCUACUACGAACCCUGGGGAUACACUCCAGCCGAAUGUACCGUUAUGGGUGUGCCGUCAAUCACAACCAAUCUCUCUGGCUUUGGAUGCUUUAUGGAAGAAAACAUUGAAAACUGUGACGAUUAUGGUAUCUACAUCACCGAUCGUCGCAUGAGGUCCGUAGAGGAAUCUCUCCAGCAGUUAUGUGAUCAAAUGUAUCAGUUUGUGCAAAAGACACGUCGUCAGCGUAUCAAUCAGCGUAACCGUACUGAGCGUCUAUCAGAUCUCUUGGAUUGGAAACGAAUGGGUCUAGAGUACAUCAAAGCACGUCAACUGUCUCUGCGUCGAGCAUAUCCUGAGAGUUUUGUGGAUGACGAUGAAGAUUUCCAAGAGACAGCCCAUGUGAAGAUUCCUAAACCUCUUUCGGCACCUGCAUCUCCUCGUAUACGAAUGCAAGUGAAUACACUACUAAAUGACGAUGAAGAAGAGGAAGAUUAUUUGUUCCCGGCACUUCGCAGAAAUAACCAAACACAAGAGCAAGAGCUUUUAAGUGAAGGUGAUAUUGAGGCAUUUAACAAGUUGGCACUCGAACAUAAAGAGCAUAAAUAA